AGCUCGCUGUAGUCAGAAAUCUCUCUCUGCCUUUCGAAAAUGCUGGAGAGCUCUGUUUACAAAUGUAAAAAGACUCCACGGACCAGAGCUAGACGAUGGCUAUGUUUUCUCAUACUGUUUCUCAUGAUGGGAACGUUUAUGUUAACUUUCUACAAUUCGAGCCCCAAAGUGUCAUGGCCUCUCAAGUUUUGGACGAUCUCACCAGCUGUUCCUUCAGCAUACUCUGUAGCAUACCCGCACCGGUACGGUUUCAAAUUAGACGAACCCUAUAGAUGUUGGCAGGAAAGCCCAUUCUUGGUUCUUGUGAUCCCAGUCGCCCCCAACAACAGAGAGGCCCGUGACACAAUCCGCAACACGUGGGGGAAAGAAACUACAGUGCUGGGCCAAGUGGUCAGCCGCUACUUCCUGCUAGGGCUGUCCAAAGAGGAAGAGGGGACAGAAACCCUCAAGGAGCAAGUGUUACAGGAAAGCCAGAGGCAUCAUGACAUUCUCCAGAGUGACUUCUUGGACAGCUACAAUAACCUCACCAUUAAAACCAUGGUCAUGUUUGAAUGGCUCAGCUCCCAUUGCCCCAACACCUCCUAUGCCAUGAAGGUCGACUCGGACAUAUUUCUUAAUGUCCACAACCUUGUUGACGUGCUUUUGAAAGCCCCCCGACAACUCUACAUGACAGGAAUGGUUGUGAAGGGUGCUCUUGUUCAUAGAGACCAUAACUCAAAGUGGUUUAUGCCUGUUUCUGCCUUCCCGGAGUUUAGUUACCCACCGUAUGCCCUAGGACUGGGCUAUGUGUUCUCACUGGACUUACCCAAGAAGAUACUGGAGGCGUCUGCACAUGUUAAAACUGUUUACAUUGAAGAUGUGUACGUGGGACUGUGUAUGAGACAUUUGGGAAUCACACUGACAGAACCUCCUCGUGGUGAUUUGUUUAGGUCUUUGAGGCCUUAUGGGACAAGCAACUGUUACUGGACGUCUGUCAUAACAACAAUACUACAGGACUCUAACCAGCUUUCAGAGGUAUGGAGAGCGUAUCAGACUGUUAACACUUCGGCCUGUGCUUUACAAUAACGAUGACAGUUACACCCUGUAACUGCAUAACCAUGUUGCACAGUUUCAACACCAAUCUGUUUACAUCCUAAGGUACUGCCUUUAUGAUAUUUGGUUUAUUUUUUAAGUAUGGUCUCAACUUUUGAUAUAAAAACAAGAUUCUGAAGGCCAAAACAUUUGGAGUACAGUAACAAUGGUGGGAGUAAUUAUUUUUAGGUAAUAGAGUACAAUAUAUAUAUUUAAUGUCGAAUUGCAUUAUGCUUUACUGAGAGUUGUUUAAAAUAUUUAGUCCAUCCCCAUUGUUAUAAAUGAGAUUUUGUAGCUACUCUAGUGGCGUGUUGGCUCGAGGUAUUGGCAAUGUCAGCCCACCACUUUGACCAUACUACUGUAUGAUAUGAAAAUUUGCAUGUAUAUUUAUUGUCGCCAACAAUGAAUCCUAUUGAACGAUCUGAAUAACCAAAACAUUUAUGAAAUAUACUGACAGGAAUAUCAGAACAUAUACAUAUGGUGGCUGGAAACAAAUGCUAGCAUCACUGAUUAUGCUGUGAGCAAGCUAAAUGGAAAAAAUAUAUAUAUUCUACACGAUGUGUUGCUUUGGUGGCUCAUUCAAUUUUCAACAAAAAACAUUUAUGUGAUGCACACAGAUUGUUUUUG